AACACUGCUCUUUAUAAACGUGAGCUGAGAAUACCUGAUAUUCCAACCCCAGAAAGGCACUGUGAACUAUCCUCAGGUAUACAAUCUUAUUAAACAAGACCUAAAACAAAGCAAGCGCCAGGCGUGCUCGGCAUCUGCUCCCUUCCUCUCUGGCCUCUGGUCACCAGGAGGCGCUGCGACCAAAUACCCUUCUGCGAAGGUAGAAACGCGCCGAGAUAAGUCUUGUCUGCUCCGGGGCCCCGUAGCGAGCCGUCGCGUUCCGGGCUGUCUUUCCGCUUUCUCGCGCUCCCUGCCUCCGCCCGCUGCGCUCUUCCGAUCGUUCCCUCCGGCUCCCGUCAGGGGGCGCUGUCUGCGGCGUGGCAGCGGCCGUGGCUGCCGGGCGACGAUCUCCCGGCGGGCUGUGCGGCCCGGCUCGGGCUGCUGCAAGUGCCACGUCCCAAGAGCUACGCGGAGUCGCCAAGCGGGCGGUGCGCGAGGCGGAGCAGCGCUGAGCCGGCCGGGUCGUACGGAUCGCCCGCCGCCAUGGGCUCCUCGCAGAGCGUCGAGAUCCCGGGCGGCGGCACCGAGGGCUACCACGUUUUGCGGGUACAGGAAAACUCCCCAGGACACAGAGCUGGACUGGAGCCUUUCUUUGAUUUUAUUGUUUCUAUUAACGGUUCAAGAUUAAAUAAAGACAAUGACACUCUGAAGGAUCUGCUGAAAGCCAACGUUGAGAAGCCUGUAAAAAUGCUCAUCUACAGCAGCAAAACCCUGGAGCUGCGGGAGGCCUCGGUCACACCGAGCAACUUGUGGGGCGGCCAGGGCUUGUUGGGGGUUAGCAUUCGUUUCUGCAGCUUUGACGGGGCCAACGAAAACGUUUGGCAUGUGCUGGAAGUGGAAUCCAAUUCCCCAGCAGCGCUGGCAGGAUUGAGACCUCACAGUGAUUACAUCAUUGGAGCUGAUACCGUCAUGAAUGAGUCUGAAGACCUGUUCAGCCUUAUUGAGACCCACGAAGCAAAGCCCCUGAAGCUCUACGUGUACAACACAGACACAGACAACUGCAGAGAAGUGAUCAUCACACCAAACUCUGCAUGGGGCGGAGAAGGCAGCCUUGGAUGUGGCAUUGGCUAUGGUUAUUUGCACCGAAUACCUACACGCCCCUUUGAAGAAGGAAAGAAGAUUUCCCUUCCAGGACAAAUGACUGGUACCCCCAUUACUCCUCUUAAGGAUGGGUUUACAGAGGUCCAGCUGUCUUCAGUCAGUCCUCCAUCUUUGUCACCACCAGGAACUACAGGAGUUGAGCAGAGUCUGUCUGGACUCUCCAUUAGCUCGGCACCACCAGCUGUCAGCAAUGUUCUCAGUACAGGUCUGAUGCCUUUGUCAGCAGGGCUGCCUAGCCUCCCCAACCUCCCCAGCCUCUCCAACUUCAACCUCCCUGCUCCGCACAUCAUGCCAGGGGUCGGUUUGCCAGAGCUCGGGAGCCCGGGUUUGCCACCUCUUCCCUCCUUGCCUCCCCGAAACUUACCUGGCAUUGCACCUCUCCCCAUGCUGUCCGACUUCCUCCCGUCAUUCCCUUUGGUUCCAGAGGGCUCUUCUGCAGCCAGCGCAGGGGAGCCGCUGUCUUCCCUUCCUGCCAUGGGCCCACCUUCUGACCCUGUCAUGACUACUGCAAAGGCAGACGCCUCUUCCCUCACUGUGGAUGUGACGUCUCCUGCUUCCAAGGUCCCCACCACUGUUGAGGACAGAGUCAGCGACUGCACCCCGGCCGUCGAGAAGCCUGUGUCUGAUGCAGAUGCUUCAGAGCCUUCUUAACUGGGAACCAAUGUUCAGAACCGACGUGGUCUGUUUAGUUAACCACGGGGUCAGGUCUGGAAUCGCAAACUACCAUUGAUUUCAUACUAGUGUGUACCGUAUCUGUAGGUGUCCUGUACAUAAUUCUAAGGGGAAACUACGCAAGAGGCUGAGGGCUUGCCUCCCACCACGUCGGGGGGUUACAGCCGAGGAGGGCAAUCUGAGAAUGUGCUUGUAUUUUAAACAACCAAAAAAAGUUGUCAUGGGUGGCUUGCUGCCAGGCAUCUACUGCCGUUCUGGGAGGUUCAUCUUUGGAAGAGAGAUGGCGGGGUACCCACUGGGUUCCCUGUACCACUGCUAUGCCUUGUGUAAGGAAAUGAAAUAUUUUAUGCCUAGUGCCCACAUGCAACAUUUCUUGUACUUUGUAAGUCGUUUGCAAGAACACAGACCACCUCACUAAACUGUACAAGGAAACAAGAAUUUACUGUUGGUCUCUGUGAGUCGCAUCUCUAUUACGGUUUACACAAAACUCCCAGUUGCAGAUGUUUUGUUCCGGUCCAUGGCACACUAUUAAUUGAACAUCUUUUUAUUCUGCCUGUACACAGAUCUUGUUUUGAACUCAGAAUUAUUCAGACACCAUUUUGUAGCUGCUGCUGUUGCUUUAGAUGCCUGUGGUAAGAUGGCAUUUAAAGAGAAAGAGAGGAGCUGCGCUCUGUAGCUACUUAACGGUAUCGCGGCAAUAAACUCCAGUCGCUUUACGGUC